UCACCCAUUCAAACUGGACAACAUACGGGUGAUUUUUUACCCUUUUGUUUUGCCACAGAGUCCUGUGCGACACAGCGGAGCGUGACUAUAACUGAGCCUUUAGAAAUGUCACCAGCAGGUGCUAAAAAAGGCUCUGCUAAGAAAAGCAACAAUGCUGUCGUCCAACCUUUCAACAAGAACUGGGAGGAUGGUCUUGUCAAAGCGACGUUUGAUGAGGACUCGUGGCAGGCCUGUGUGUCUGUUGUGGUUGGAGAUAGUCCACAGGAAGAGGAGAACUUCAUCCAGCCGCUGGUAUUGGCUCUUCAGCAACCACAGCGCAAACUUUUCACCCUCAUAACUUGGGACAGCACGCUUGCCAAGAUCCAUGUGCUGGGAAAUCCCAAAACAAAGAAGCCAGUUGAUCUUCCCAUGUUUUAUGAGGUUACUGAGCCUGCUAAGGUGCUGCUGGAUGCCAGAGAGGAGAUUCCCUCCGACCUGCUGGCAAAAAUACUGAAAUUCGAGCUGCUGCAGGUCAAAACCUAUGAUCAGCAAAGAAGGGAAGCUGAGCAGCUGAAAUGCGAGGGACAAGCAGGAAAGGUCCUCCCUUGCUCUGACAGCAAGGCCAAGAUCUCUGACAAAAAGGGAAAGGGUCCUCCAUCUGCUCUGGAAUACUCCAAAGAGAAGAAAACCAAGCUCAAACGCAGGGAUGAUGUGGAGUUGCCCAUAUAUAUAGAUGACGAGCCAGACGGUGGUCCCCAACACUAUAUUCUGUUUGUGGGCUUCCACCAGCCACACCUGAUUGGGCAGCUGGAUGCCAUUGGUGUGCACGUUGCAAAUGUCAUCAAGUUACGCUCGGAGCACAAAGAAAGCUUGGCAGAACAGGAAGAACCGAACAGCCAGGAGGAAGCUGAGCAGGGUCUCCAAACUUCCCCAGUUCUGGCUGCAGAGAGUCCUGUAAAUGCCAUGAAGCUCGACCUGUUCUGGUCUCACCUGAGGUCAGUUUUAGAUUGCGGACCUCCAGACUCUCAGCUCCAUGAUGUGAUUCAGCUGAGCUACACUGUCCCAGAUCUCACACUUCCCUUUCAAACACAGGACCCUCAGAGUGCGCUGCUGCUGGGAAGCCGGAUCUUUGACGGUGUUGCCAACCUCAUCUAUGACUCUCUGGAGUGGCGCCAGCAGUACCAGCACUACCGAGACAAUGUCCAGCUCAUCAGUAUACCCACUGCUGUCACGCAGGAUUCACAGCCAGUGGAGACCCCACACGCUAAAAGGAGGUCAGUCAGAGAACAGUGCCCACCAGAUCCAGAGACCAAGCCGACUCCUCUAUCUGUGAACGUGGAUAUGUGUUAUUAUAGCAGUCUGUUGGACCUGGUUCCCCAUGAAGCCUGUUCUGUGCCCCUGAUUCUGCACUGUAUGCUGGAGCAGGUGGUGAUUUCCACAGAGCAGCCUUUGCCUGCCCUGUCUCACAUUCCUGAGGAGCAGAAACAUGACAGUGGUCCCUGGCUAGACUGUGAUCUGGUUAGCUAUAUGCUCCAAAGCUUCCUGCCUCUCCUCCACACAGAAGAAGACAGACAUCGAUUAUUAAAUCAGACCCUCACUACCCUGCAGAAGGAAGAGGACAGGAAGAGGCUGUUGGAGAAGUUUGGAACAGAGCAUGCUCAGAAGAAGCCUGAGCAGCCUCUGGUUAUCAGAUACCAUGAUGAGAGGGCACUGCGAUUACUGGACAUCCGUAUGGUUGAUGGUUUUAAUCCAGCUGAGGUAGAGUCGUCCAUGAUGAGGAGUUGUCCAGUCUGGAAGCUCAUUCAGUCUGCAACUAAACAGGGAAACGUCGACCCCUGCUGGAAGGCAUUGCAACAACAGCUGCAGCACUACUGCACAGAUGAGAGUGUGUCCUGGCCCGAGGUGGAGCGCCUGUUUCACCAGAGCGUGUUUGAGGCUAUGACACUGACCACAGUGGAUCAGCAGGGUGUUUUACUCAAUGAUGGAGAAUUAGAGCCAUCACAGCAGCAGACACAAAGAGUUAUCCCCUGGGACAAUCCUUUAUUAUAUGCCAAACAGAAGCUUCAAACCUUGCAGACUAAAGGUCCAACAUUUCUGACUGAAGAUCCUGCUAACACAGAGCACCUCAGUGGGAACACCUGUAGCCAACUGGAUUUAUCUGAAAUCCAGAAUUGUAGACAAAGAUCUCUGUUCGACUGGCACUACACAGAACAUCACAAUGCAUCUGUUUUUCCACAGGUUUUAAAAAUAGCAUCAGAGGAAUAUUGUUGCUUGGACAUCUUUAAAGGAAGUUAUGAAAACAUCUCAUAUGUUUUCUGCCACAAUCCCAUGAAUCCUCAGCGCCAGUCAAAAAAGUACUGGGAUGUGGCCCUCCAUACCGAUGUCAGGUUCAGAAAAUAUCUGGAGCAUGUGGCUGAUAAAACUUCAAACUGGACAAAAGAGACAGAGUUAAAGAGGGAGGAAAGUCAGAUCAGAAACCAGAGCCCUGCUGAGACUCUGAAAGACGAAAAUCCUGAAUGCUCCAUAGUGGAGGAAGAAGCUCUGGAACCAGUCAUCAGGAAAGAUUCGCUCAAAGCCUGGAAAUUAGAGCAGGAGCGGCUGAAGAAAGAGGAGACGACCAAAAAAUCAAAGGAGAAUAUGCCAAAAGGCAACCAGCAGAAAGAGGAGGUGCAGGUGUCUGACAUGAAAGAGAAAGCUUUGUCUGGUGACAAGAGGAGCAGAUCAGAUAAAGGAGGUGACUCAACCAAGACCCCCACAGUUCCUGAUGUCACCACAGCACCUCCUGAGGAUGAAAGCAGGAACCUUCCUCUGACAGAGGAACCUGACAAUAGAUUAAUCGGCUACAUCAUGGACGGACAGCUGAUCCAUGCGUCAGGAUGUGUCCAGGAAAUCUACCCCUUAGAUGGAGGACAUAUUACUGUGGAGAAUGUGAGCUUUGUUGAAGGUUCUACCCUGAUAAAAGUAGCGGUGAAGAAGGAUGGACAUCGUUUCCACACACACAUCAACCAGGUUGUGUAUGAUCAUCCGAAACCUCUCACUGAUCCACAAGACAAGAAAAACAUGGACCUCAAGGAGGGAUGGAAAGAGCCAGAAGCAAUGCUGAUGAAAGCAGUAAAGCAGGGCUCCUUCUCAGCAGUGCUUAGCAAUCAAAUCCACCUCUCAUACAGUUUCUACGGUCCAACAGGAGAAUGCAAAGUGAGUUCUGAGAAGGCAAAAGAAGAAGUCCCACAGGUCUCCACCCAGGAACCCAUCCCUUUCUCCUCUUCCAACUUGGACUCCAAGAGACAAAUCCAGUCCAGUCAGGGGUGUAAAGGCCAGUCAGCUCAGCCGUCACAUCCUUUCAACAGUCUCAGCCUUUCUGUUCCUAACGGCCUGCUGCUGCAGUUUCUGCAUGACGAUACACAAGGAAUGUCACCACAGGAAAACAUUUUGGUGAAGCAAAGCUUUGCUCACCAUGGUAACAGACCUGGGCAGCAUCUUCACGAUACAUCCCUUUCUAAGGAGCUGUAUCGCAUCAUUACCAGCCAGGGAGCCGUGAUUCGUUACAUGAGAGACGGAUCCACAGAGGUGGUGUUCGCAGAUGGGUCUGUCAGUUACAGCCCAGAUUCAGGUCCAGUGGGGGUGCCUGAUGUUGAUUCUGAUGGCGAGAAGAAAGAUCAGACCUCAGAGAAGGAAGCUGAGGCUCAGAGAAGACUCUGGCAGACGACCAGUUCAUCUGGAGGUCGUAUUUGCACCAUCGGAGCAAAACACAGAGAACUACCCAUCCCCUCCAUUGGUACCUUCAAGGCUACAGACCCCAUCACCCAUCAGGUGAUGCUGAGCCGGGAAGAUCUGGUGGUCAUGGUCCAAAACCCAGAUGGAUCUCUUAUUGUAGAGCAUGCAGAUGGAACAAGGACUACCAGCUUCCUUCUAGUCACACCACCUAAUGGAGAGGCGCCUGAUUGCAUGAGCAAAUCAAAGGAAAAUGGACAUAUUAAAGAUGCUUGUGAUAAGGGAAAGGAGAUGAGCAGAAGGUCAGCAUGCCACAAAUUAAAUGAAAGGAUUUUGGAUAAAAUGGAUCAGCUUGAGUUUCCUCAGGAUGCUGUGAGUGAGAAAGGUAAGCGUGAAGGAGGAGAAUCGACCACAGAGCGGGUAGUGUUGGUGGAGAAGGAGGGCUGUGCAUCAGUGGUGAUGUACCCUGACCGUCACGCAGCUCAUGUGCUUUUAGCCGAUGGAACCAUCAUCACUGGGAACAGCCAAGCUGAGUAUGAGGUGUUCCCACCUGGAGCAGGUUUUUUGCACAUCCGAAGUGAUGGAAAAUGCGUGUACUCCUCUGACCUUGAGCCAAAAGGUUGCUCCUCCACUAGCCAACCAGGAGUCUACACCAUGAGUCACACAGACAUUGUGGCCUGUGAUGUUACAGACAGCAGCGGAAACCACUUCCAGGUGAUGGAAGAUGGCCAAAUUUCAGUGUUAAAUGCUAGUCCCAUUCCAGACCAACUUACACAGGAGGAAGACAAGGAGUCUGACGGACCAAUGGGCACGCUUCAUGUAAAACACAAAGAUCUUUGUCCCAGGCUUUUUCUGGUGCAUGAAGAUAGUUCAGGCACUGAACUUCUGAACGCUGUUACUGUAGAGGAACUGCUCUAUGAGGCAUACUCUGACCCCACCAUCGCACUAAUGAAGGAACCUCUACCAGGCAAACAAGAUGAGUUUGGCAUCACUGUCCUAAAGCCCAGCCACCAGAGUGUGUGGUCACAGUGGCUGCUAAAGAAACAGAACCCUGACAUCACCCCACCAAACCUCAGAAAUCGCAGCUGGAAGGACUUCCCUACUCCAGAGAGCAAAAAACCUGGUGCUUCUCCUGGUACUGACCUUGGGGUUGACCGGACUCUGAGGGAGAGCUGUUGCGGUUCUGUAGCACAGCAACGUGUGCGGAGCAGCCCUAAAGUCCUGGAGAUAAGGGAGUUCUACCAGCAUCGACCCUUUUCCACACCACUGAGAGAUACCAUAGAUUCACGGCUGAAGGAAUACAUAGAGCGUUUGAUGCAGAAAGAGCUUCAGUCAGAAGAGAUGAAGCUGAAAGAGCCUCGCAGUGCGGAAGAGACUGCUCAGGCCAGAGAUCUCUUCAGUCUUAUUGUGUCUUUUGCAGAGGAGCAGGAUGUGAGUCACGCUGCUGAUACCAGGAUCUCUGUGGACUAUGCCAGUCUGUACAGUCAAGGAGUCGGAGCAUCACCUGAGCAGUCAGCUGCUUCACAAGACAUGGACGUGGAUGCUGAUGACAGCCUGGAUAGAUUACCACUUUCUACUAGUCAAAAAGAGUUGACAUGGACUGGAAGACUUGAGCAGCACAGACAGGAGAUCAGUGAGGAGAAGGCUUGCAGAGAGGCUCUGAGGAAAAAGAUCACUGUUCCUUAUUUCCAUCCAGAAAACCUUCCUAUUUACCAAAGUCUGCUACAGGGACCAAUACCCAACACGGGGAGUCGAUCACAGGAUCCAGCACUGACCACCAAGCCAGAUAGUGCUGAGACCGUUGUGAAACAUGUACCACAUAAGACUCCUCCGCCACCUUCAAACCCAACAGCGUCUCAGCCAGAAAGUCAAGCAGAAGAAAGUGAGAGGAUGCCUGAAAGGAGACACGCAAACCUCACAACACAAUCUGCUGGUGAAAGCAGUCUGAGGAGCUCAUGCAGGCAGUAUACGUCAGUCCAGGUGGAUGUGACAGGUAAACUCCGAAGGACUAAGGUCAGACUGCCGACCUGCCUCCUCGCCACCAAACCCUGCAGCGUGCCAAACCAACAUUUCCUGAGCGUGGAAGAGCCUGUGAGGAGGAAGUGUCGGACAGCUUCUCUGGCUAAUCUCAGCGCUGUGUUGAGGGGCUUCCAGCUUAUCCCAUUAAGUGUUGACUUUGGCACGCAGCUGGAGGGCACCUACUCGACCGUUACUGUGUUAAUGAAGAAUGUGGGAGUCGACCUAUGCAGGUUCAAUGUGAAACAGCCUCCUCCAGCCACAGGCCUCAGAGUCAUCUACAAUCCUGGGCCUGUGGCUGCAGGUCUGCAGGUGGAACUAAAGGUCCAGCUGUGUGCCAUGUGUGAUGAAGCCGAGCUGAAGAAGUACGUCUCUCAGGACAUAGCCAUCCACACUGAAACUGACAUUCUCUAUCUGCCCGUCACUGCUAUCGUCCUUCCGGGGAGAUUUUAUGCGGAGGAGUCCACGAGUGCCUGCAGAAAGGGAGGGUCUGAGGCUAUCUGGUCUCACAGCUGGCCAGGAAAUCACCAUGAUGAGCCUUCAGCCCCUUGACCUCUUCUCAGUUAUACACAGGCCACGCUAACACACACGUUCUUCAAUCUUCUACCACUUUUCAAAUCAUUUGUGGUGAUUCAGGUCUGGACUGAGCUUUGAAAAUAUACUGUGGUCUUCCUCUUUUUCUCAUUGCUGGCAGCUUCCCAUUCAGUGUCAUUUAUCCAAUAUGUGCACUAUCUCCUCCGGAAAUAAAGGUUCACAAGCACAGUGACCCAACCCUGAAACCUCUUCACCAAUUUGAGUUGUUUUAUUCUGCUGCAAUAAAAGAUGAAUUUAAUUUUAAGGUUUUUUACACAUCUUUAGCAAUAAAAAAACAUAAAGAUUCUGAUGUAGCUGCAACGUUUAAUGUUUUUGCUGAACCGCAGUUUAAUUUUAUUAUUAAUCUAUAUUUUCUGACAUUCCUGGUGAAGAAGAGGAUGAUAUCAAAGCUAGGGUCCAUCCGUUACAUCUUCCAACCUCUUCAGCAAGCCAAGUGAGAAACUUUAGGCAGACAUUUAAAUUUCUUGUCACAUGACAAUGUAAUGUCCCAAAUAAAAGGAAACACACAAGUCGUUACCCCAUCUUAUUAAGUGUUAGACAUGUAACCCAAAAUACAGAAAUGGUGUUGAAUCAAAAGAUUAACUUUCCAGAUCUGUCGCAUUCAGGGAAAAACAAGAAGGAAACUAAAGUGAAAUUAAGCAAAAUAAUUAAUGCUGAUGAAUCUUGAAAGGAUUAUAUAUCUACUGAAACAAUUAUUUAUUUGGCACACCUCCUUCAGCUUGUUUAGAGCUGCAGGGAUUAGGGUGGAGCUGUUCCCAAGGGGGAGAUAUGGGAUACACCUUUGAAAGCUUGGCCAGUGCAGCACAGAGAUGACUCCACAGAAAGCGACUCACUCCUAAAGUCAUCAGAAAUCAACUACCUCAUGGUUGUGAACUGGUGGCUGUAGACACCCACGCAGCUGGAAGCCUGGUUAUGAAGCAAUUUCCACACAAUUUAGAGUCAGUCAUUCUGCUGUAAAAAAGAUGUUUCGCUGGAGGAAAAUAUUAAAGGCGGCUGGCUGUCUUCCCAGAAUUGGAGAUCCAAAUAAGUUAAUCAUGCGGUCAGAUUGAGCAACUGAACAACUGAUCAGGCUUCUUAAAUUAUGCAUAUGUAUUAGGGAUGAACAAUAUCAGGAGGAUACCGAUGUUGGCAGUGAUUACCUCUCUUUUCCUGUCACCUUUCUUUUUUAACAAUCAACAAAGUCCACACAACUUUCUGUGAGUUUUUACAUCUCAGCUACUGAAGAUAUACAUCCUGUUCAUCGUUAAGGGCACUUAGAGCCCAUCCACCUGUCGAGAUAUAUUAUCCAUACAUCCUGUGACGGUCUGACACUUUAAAUCUAAUAUCCAACGUGGAGUACAAGCAGUCAUUUGCAAUUGCGAUAUUGGACACUGUUAUUGCGAUGAGGAUUGUGGUUCAAUAUAUUGUGCAGCUCUAGCAUAUAUCAACAUUCUUAUCAGUUUCAUGCAAUGAAACCGUAGGAAAAUUGUUCAAACAGCGACAAUGCACUGUUAGUUUUGGGGGUUUGAAACCAUAUUUGAUUAUUUCAUUUUCUCCCUGGCAUACUAUAAACGAAUAUUUCCCAUUUAACCGAAAACAAAUCCAAUGAAGACCUGAAACACCCCCUCAGGUCAUCUGUGACCUGCUCACUCCUGCGUUCCCAGGAACAGAACUAAAGAAGCGGAGGCCUCAUGUUGCUCAGCUCUGAAACCAUCUAUUAUUAUUGUUUUUCAUGUCCUUCCUGUUUUCAAUCUGUCUUAUUUCUGUUCCUUUGUUUUUAUGUAAGGCACUUUCAUUUAUACUGUGUAUUAAAGGUGUUUUACAAUUAAAGUUGUCUUGGAGAAUAGAUUGUUGACUUUUCCCUAUUUAUGAUGCACCUGGUGCCGCUGUAUUAUCUGCAGGACCUCGGCUGUAAGCAUGGAGAUAUCAGGGGCUGUUGCAGGUGGUUUCUUACAGGAUUUUGGUUCAUUAACUGGCGCAGGUAACAUGAUGCUCCCCGGUCGACAGUCGAGGUGGGACUGUUGGGGUAUGACGUCAAUAAAGACGAAUGAUGUGAGAGAGCCGGAGGAUGGAGCAGGUCCUGCACCGUCCGUGAGCGGGUCACAGAGGAGGAGGAGGAGACGCGGGAAGGACACCAGCAGCAGAUGAGGCGCAUUUGCCGUAGGCCCCGCCAUCGUGAAAUCGGACACCGACUUGCGGAGGCGGAUGGGGUGACCGUGCUCCCUGCUUCUCCGCCGCUACCGCCGGGGAGGCCCAUGACUUCCGACGUUACCUGCGUGGGAGCUGCCCGCGGUCGGUUGUAAGGUGGAGGAAGGAGACAGGGAAAGGGGAGGAAAAUGCAGACGGAGGAGGAGACGGCCGCCGCAGAAGAGCCCAUUUUGGAGGAAGGAUCGGGACGAGAGCAGGAACCAUUCAACCAGUUCUGGAGGCUCCCAAACAAACCCUUAUUUCUUCAUCCUCCUCAUCCUGUAGUAUGUGCAUAUUUGCGCUUGUCCGCUGCUGCUCUUUCAUUGAUUAAACGCGUCUUUUUGCUGUGCUCCCUUUCUUUGUGUGGCGCACACAAACAAGGACACACAGGAGGACCUUGACUUGAACGUGGAUGGAUGGAAACAUGAGCGGCUCAGACGAGGAGAUCUCUAGAAACCCUGUGGUGAAAUAAAAAAAAAAAACCACCAUCA